AUGGCUGAUAUUGAGACCCUCAACGCUGGCGUCGCCAUUCACGGCAAGGUGGACGAAAGCCAGAAGAAGAUCCUCACCCCCGAGGCGACCGCUUUCCUUGCACUCCUACACAAGACCUUUAAUGAGCGGAGGAAAGAUCUCCUCCAGCGACGAGUCAUUCGCCAGCAAGAACUCGACAGAGGCGUCAUUCCUGAUUUCCUUCCCGAGACCGCCCAUAUCAGAGACAAUGCUACCUGGCAAGGCGCUCCUCCAGCUCCCGGCCUCAUUGACCGCAGAGUGGAGAUUACCGGACCAACGGAUCGAAAGAUGGUCGUCAAUGCUCUGAACAGUAAUGUGUGGACAUACAUGGCCGAUUUCGAAGAUUCAUCAGCGCCAACAUGGGACAAUAUGAUCAAUGGCCAGGUGAAUCUCUAUGAUGCUAUUCGCAAGCAGGUCGACUUCAAACAAGGCGAGAAGGAGUACAAACUGCGCACAGACAGAGUACUGCCCACCUUGAUCGCCCGUGCUCGCGGUUGGCAUCUGGAAGAGAAGCAUUUCACCGUCGACGGAGAAGCCAUCUCCGGCAGUCUGUUCGAUUUCGGCCUAUACUUUUUCCAUAACGCUUUCGAGCUUGUCAAGACUGGCACUGGUCCCUACUUUUACCUCCCCAAGAUGGAGUCUCAUCUCGAGGCCCGUCUGUGGAACGAUGUCUUCAAGCUGGGACAAGACUACAUUGGCAUGCCUCGCGGUACCAUUCGCGGCACUGUCCUGAUCGAAACCAUCACUGCGGCCUUUGAGAUGGAUGAGAUCAUUUAUGAGCUGCGCGAGCACUCUGCUGGUCUCAACUGUGGCCGAUGGGACUAUAUCUUCAGCGUCAUCAAGAAGUUCCGCCAAAACCCAGCAUUUGUGCUGCCGGAUCGCUCGGCCGUCACCAUGACGGUUCCAUUUAUGGAUGCCUAUGUGCGUCUCUUGAUCAAGACUUGCCAUCGCCGUGGCGUGCAUGCCAUGGGCGGCAUGGCUGCUCAAAUUCCCAUCAAGGACGACCCACAGGCCAACGAGAAGGCCAUGGAUAGUGUCCGUCAAGACAAGCUCAGAGAAGUCCGCGCGGGCCAUGAUGGUACCUGGGUUGCGCACCCUGCUCUUGCCGCUAUCGCAUCGGAUGUCUUCAAUAAGCACAUGCCCACCCCCAACCAGCUAUUCAAGCGCCGUGAGGAAGUUAGUGUCACCAAGAACGAUCUCCUUAACAUGAACAUGCCUGGUGGUAUCACCGAGGAGGGCAUUCGCAAGAACCUCAACAUUGGCCUCGGCUACAUGGAAGGCUGGCUUCGAGGCGUGGGCUGCGUGCCCAUCAAUUAUCUGAUGGAGGAUGCUGCUACUGCUGAGGUGUCGCGGUCGCAGCUGUGGCAGUGGUGCAAACACGGCGUCAAGACAUCCGAGGGCGUAACCGUCGACAAGAGCUACGCACUCAAGCUGCUCCACGAACAGGCCGACGAGCUCUCGAGCAAGGCUCCCAAAGGCAACAAGUUCCAGGUCGCCGCUCGAUACUUUGAGGGCCAGGUCACGGGUGAGGAUUAUGCGGAUUUCCUGACGAGGUAA